AUGGAUAUUGUUGGAAGGAAGAAAGGGUUUCAAGCUCUACUUCUUCAUCUUCUUCUGCCGUUUCUCGUUGUCGUUUUCUCCGAAAGAACUUUGGCCGUUUCGAGUUUAAACUAUACAAAGUACAGACAAGUGGGGAGCUUGAGACUUGCUAGGAUACAGAAGCAUUUGGAUCAGAUUAACAAGCCUGCUGUCCUUACUAUAGAGAGAGUUCCACCAGAAAGGCCCAAGAUGAAAAUCAUGAAAACAGAUGAGGUGAGAGAAACAAAUAGGAGCAGUCUUAGAGGUGCAGCAUGGCAAACAUGGCAUGAGAAUGGGCAACGGUGUCCCAAAGGAACUGUUCCUAUUCGGAGGAGCAGUGUGCAUGAUGUUCUUCGAGCCAAGUCUCUUUAUGAUUUUGGGAAGAAACAUCGUCCAAUACAACUUGCUAGGCGCACAGAUGCACCAGACGUAGUGAGCGGCAAUGGCCAUGAGCAUGCGAUAGCAUACACCGACACAUCACAGGAGAUGUAUGGAGCAAAGGCGACAAUAAAUGUGUGGAACCCUUCGAUUGAAUUGGUCAACGAGUUCAGCAUCUCCCAGAUUUGGAUUCUUUCGGGAUCAUUCGACGGCUCAGAUCUCAACAGCAUAGAAGCAGGUUGGCAGGUUAGUCCGGAGCUUUACGGUGACAGCAGGCCUCGAUUAUUCACUUACUGGACGAGUGAUUCAUACCAGGCAACAGGAUGCUACAACCUUCUAUGUGCAGGAUUUGUGCAAACCAAUAGUAGGAUAGCUAUCGGAGCUGCCAUUUCUCCAGUGUCGGUGUUUAACAACAAUCAAUACGACAUCACCGUUCUUAUUUGGAAGGAUCCAAAGCUUGGGAAUUGGUGGAUGGGGUUUGGAGACAACACCCUAGUAGGUUAUUGGCCUGCAGAGUUAUUCACACACCUAGCGGACCGGGCCACCAUGGUGGAGUGGGGAGGUGAGGUGGUGAACUCAAGGGCCAACGGCGAGCACACCUCCACCCAAAUGGGCUCUGGUCAUUUCGCCCAAGAUGGGUUUAGAAAAGCAAGUUACUUUCGUAACUUAGAAAUUGUGGAUUCUGAUAACAGUCUUAUCUCAACUCACGACAUAUCAACCUUAGCUGAAAACACCAAUUGUUACAACAUUCAGAGCUCCUACAACAAUGAAUGGGGCACAUACUUUUACUAUGGUGGACCUGGGAACAAUCCACUGUGUCCAUGA